CACUUCCGGUGUAGGCGGGAACACUUCCGGCGCGCGGGCCGGGCCGGGGCGAUGGUGGGGACGUAGGGGCCCCGGGGCCGCGCCAUGAGGUACAACGAGCGGGAGCUGCUGUGCCUCGCCCGGCAGCCGGCAGAGAAGGCGGCCGAGGUGUUGAUGCGGGUGCCCAAGAAGGGGAGCGUGUUAAAGAAACGCCUCGUGAAACUCGUUGUCAACUUUCUCUUCUACUUCCGGACAGAUGAAGCAGAGCCCAUUGGAGCUCUGCUGCUGGAGCACUGCAGGAUCACCAAAGAGGAGGAGAACGUCUUCUCGAUCAGUUUCCUGGAGGAGCCAGAGAGGAAAUACCGCUUUGAAUGUGACAGUGAAGAGCAGUGUCAGGAGUGGAUCGAGGCGCUCAAGCGAGCCAGCUAUGAGUUCAUGAGGAGAAGCUUGAUUUUCUACCGGAAUGAGAUCCAGAAAAUGACAGGGAAGGAUCCCCUGGAGCAGUACGGGAUCUCCGAGGAAGCCCGCUUCCAGCUGGGAACACGCAAGCAGUAACCCCCUUGCCUGGGCUGAACUGAUUUCAGGCGCUGGAUGAUCACCCCGAGCUCCCCUGGGAAGAGCAGCGGUGGCUCCUGGCAGCGGUGACCAAGUGACUUUUUAAUUUAUUAGCCAAAUAAUCUUGUAGGGUUUUUAUAAAGGAGCUCCUUGCACAUUCCCACUUCCCCAGCAUUGGAGGCAGCCAGUCUUACUGCUCCCUGCAGGAUGCACUGGGAGUAAAACCCCGCUGGCUCCUGGUGAGAGCAGAGGAGGCAGAGAGAGAGCAGCGCUCCCAGCACAGCCCUCCAAUUCCUUCUGUCCCGAUUCCUUCUGUCCCGCUCCCUGGAUCUUCAGCAGUCUCCAAGGGAACCAUCCAGAGCUGCUCACCCCCUGCUGUAAGAGGAUGCUCCAGUUAUUGCAUUGCUGGGCUGGCAGGGUUAACCCUCUCAUUGCCAAGCUGUUCGGAUUAUGGGAGCCUGCGGGGAGAGCCUGAUGGCCGGGCUGGGGAGCAGGGAGGAGCAGAAAGCCUUCCCUUAACACCAGGAGAGCUCGGCACAGCUCGGCCUGACAGGGAGAGCCAUCUGCUCCCCUGUGCCAAAGCAGCCGUGCGGAGCAGCUGCUGGCACUGGGUUGUUUCCUUCUUUCUCUGGGCAGGCAUUGCCGCUUCCUGGUGCGGCUUUGGGGUUUUUUAACCUCAAAGCUAAGAUAUUUCCCUUCCCAGAGCCCUCACAAACACAUAAGGGAAUGGAACUGCAGAAGGGAGCAAAGCCA